CAGUUCGAAGUAAUGGUGGCAGAAAGAAGGUCCAAGUGGACUAACACCGCUACUUGUACCAGCACCUAUAGGAAGGAAAUGCUCCCCGUACCUUUCUUAUCUCAUGUCUCUCUAUUAAAGACCUCCGCCAGACGAGGGGGGUUACACCCCAUCAGCUUGAGCAAUUAUUGUGCCUACCUCGAUUGAAAAGAGUUUCAAUGAUAUACUGCGACGGGGACUCGGAAGGGUACCCGCGGUUUGAUCUGCCUGCGGGAAGCUUGAAUACCAAGGAGCUCUGUUUUUACCCGUUCUCCAUAUAUACGAAGCGUCUGGGGAACCUUGUCGGCGCGUGCAAAGGGCUGAAGGAAUUUGCGUACACAGCCUCCUCAACUACUCGUCCCAGUUCACACUGUUUCAAAGUCUCGGAGCUACUCACAAUCUUGGAAUCCCAAAGAGAGAGCCUCGAGAUAAUGCGCAUCUAUCUAAAUGCCUUAUUCCCGGCUUUCGGCUCCUGGGAAGACCGCCCGAAGUUCGGCCCCUUCGUGGAAUUUAUCCCGCUUCAAACAUUUGGAGGCAGAGCAAGGCCUUUUCCUGACGUUUGACGAGCUUCCACCCUCAGUGAAGAACAUCACAAUGAGCCUCUGCGAGUAUCCAGUAUUCAACAUGCUCAGAG